UCUAUCUGCCUCUUCUGACGUAAUGUGAUGAACUGAUUCGUAUCGUUCAGAGGAGCAUUAAUUUUGAAAGUUUAUACUGGAAAAUUUAGUUAUAAAUAGGUGUCAAAAAAUGAUAAUGUCGUUUAGAUCAAAUGUUGUAAUGCAAUUAUUGCUGAAAUAGAGCAAUAUUUUAUUGUUCAAAGAAUGGAUAACUUAAUAAAGCUGCAGAAAGAAGACAUCUGAAAAAUAGCAUAGCAUCACUGAAUAUAAAAUGACGGGAAGUUUUCGUGUUCAGUUAGUUAACAUGGGUACAAGAGGAGCUGCCUUUCAAGCAAAGCUGCGUUCUUUGCACGAAUACCAUCGCUUGUUGAGUAAUCAAAUGCCAGCACCAUCGGGAUCGGAUAUAGCAAAUACAAUAAAGUAUUUCUCCCAAACAUUAUUAACUGUUUUAAAAGAUGUUCCAUGUUCACCAUUGGAGAUUAUUAAAGAUCCUUCGUUGGAUCAAGUGAGAAUGGCGAGUUACCCAAAUCUGGAGUAUCAAAAUUUAUACAAUGCAUUGACAAUGCUUUUGGAUGUUGCCUCGAACAUUCAAAACGGGCUAAGCCUGUUUGGUAAAGCAUUGCUGCAAUGUCUUGGAUGUAUUCUACCGUUUUUGGACAAAGAUUUGAUCGAUAAUUUGCCUUAUCUUACUGCAUCUAGCAUCUCCGUGCUUCCAGCGUCGUUGCAUCAGGAUAUAAUCAAUUAUCUUUGCUAUUACAUACUACCAUUUACGAUAACUCGUCAGAGUGAUGAAGACCAAGAAUGUCAUGCGUGUCAAUCAAUUUCUGCUGUAAUCAUGUUGGUGUUUCAAUAUUCCAAUAAUCCGGCACAUCAUUGUCAGCUGCUGGAAAGUCUGAUGAGACUGAAACACAACGUGGUUAAGGAUUUACUGUGUGUUAUUGCUUAUGGUACGUCUGGGAGUCGAGCAUCUGCAGCUAAACUUUUAUUUUACUAUUGGCCGGCUUUUGAUCCGAACUUAUUUGAUCGCAAAGGACUUUUGUGUAAAUUUACCAACAAUCUAGUUCCUUUCGUAUGUCAACGUGAAUCAUGUCCCAAUGCUGGAAACGCAGAAGCUGUAAAAGUAUGCUACGAUCAUUGUAUCAGUAUAUUAUAUGCAGUAGAUUCGCCUCCCCCACUGUAUCUUUGCAUAGAAUGUGCCAAUGAAAUACACCGAGAUCAUCCUGAUUUACUGUUUGGUGACAUUUUACAUCCAAUGCAGCAAGUUUCGAUGAUUUGCGAAAAUAAGAAUUGCAGAUCCACCGAUAAAUCAGCAAUUUCAAUCUGCUUCUCUAACGAGUGUGCCAGCUACAAUGGAAAUCACCCAAUCAGAUAUUGUACACAAUGCCAUAACAAUCGUCAUAAUUCACGAAGAGGUGUUGAUCAUGUGUUUCACCGAAGUCUGCCGAACAAUGCCCAGAUGGAUGCCGAGAUGCAAGCGUAUCUCGUUGAAGCAGUAAUUAGUUUGCUUAGAGAAGCAAAACCACUCAAUUUAGACUUUGGAAAAGAUUUCUGUAAUGAUGCCAAAAAUAAUUCAACCAAUGGAGCCCAGGAUAUGCUUACCCUGGACGAUCGUCAACUUUUAGGACGGUACGGUAUAUGGUUGCUCGUGGGAAGGUGUAAACCAACUGCUGACACACCACCGGAAAUAUUGGGCAGACUUUUGUCGAUGCUAUUCCAUUGGUUUCAUGUUACGGCAUAUUCAUACGAUGGACAGGUAGAAAGCACAUUGGAAAAACUUAAACAGGAUCACGUGUGCGGAUGGUUAAAGGAUGUUUGCGAUAGUCACUAUAAGGAAUUUAUAGAUUGUCUCCUGCCUCAUCCACCAGAGUUCUCGAGAGUUGGCGGCCAUUGGGAUACGCUGGCAUCUAGGACAUCGCAUUUGAAGGAAGGAUUGCAAAGAUUAAUUUGCUUGAUACCGUAUGAAAUUAUUACACAGAAAAUUUAUGAUACAGUAAUGCCUCAUUAUAUGGAAGCUGUUACUAAUGACGUACCAGAAAAAGAGCUGAUGGAACUAAAAAUUGUGCUGAGCAAAAUAUUAGACCCAGAAAUGUCGCCACUUGGUUUUGAUGCUAAAGCUAUGUACAACUUUGUUAUUAUUAGAUUUGAGAAAACUACGGCUAAAGUUCAAGAGCAAGCACUCCAUUGGUUGCAAAAUUUGACUAAAUUGGAAAUUUUAAUUCCACUAGUGCAGUUAUUUAACAUGUUCGGAGAUGGCGUAAGAAUUAUGAAGCAUGGCAUGCAAGCUGAGCUUAACAAAGAUAAAGAGAGCAGAAGCAGUGGAACGAAACAGGCCAAAGAAAAGGAACUGCCUUUGCCGCGACGAAGCUCUAUUUCUCCAGUUGUUGAGGAUGAUUCCGCUAACACGUCUGCUAUAUCAGACGAUGAAGCUCCCAUUUCGAGACAUACAGAGUUUUCCAGUGAUGCGGAACAUAAUCUAACAUGUUGUAUUUUGAUGCUGGAUAUUUUAUUGAAACAAAUGGAAUUACAAGAGAUUGAACAACAUACAGGAAUUUAUACAAAUGUUUCAGAAAGUAUCUGCCGACUUCUAAAAUGUAUGGUAACAGCAGCAAAAGUUGGCUUGGGAAACCAUAUCUGCUCAUCCAAGGAAUGCGGUUAUUGUGAAGCAUCCGUAAUGUGGCAUCAGCUCUCGACAAAGCUUGUGCAGUAUUUAGCGCCACUAAAUCCAGUGCGUCCACCUGAUGCACCCCUUCCCGAAAUAAUUGAUGAUGAGAAAAUUGCAAGGAAAAGUCCUCCAGAAUCUGACAAAGAAAACAAAAUACGAGAUCGUGACGUUUCUCUAUCAAUGGCACCAUUACCGAUUCCAUUGGGACCGUUAGGGCCUGUUCCAGUCGCCGUACCUCAACCAGAGCCUCAUUCGGUUGGUGGCGUGUUAGUGCAUAUGCCGCAUGUUUGUUCUAUCAUGACAGCUACUGUAGAAACAGUGUCAGAGCAGUUGGAUUUAGCGGCAAUAAUGCCAUCAGAGAAAAUAGUGACAGCAGUUGCGCGAUCGGUUACACUAUCCGAAGCAGACGUUGCAACCGCUACAGUACAAAUUGCAAAGCCUACCGUGAUUGACACCUGUGAGGGAGACGAGGAAUUUUACGAUACACACUAUGAUCUUGCGGACGGUGAAAACUUUUGGCAUACAUCUGUGGGAAAGUUUAAAUUUUCAAUUGACAAUCUUCCACAAUCACUCCAAUAUAUUCAUCAACUAUUGAAGGAACUCCCAACUAUUGAUAAACCAGAUAUAUUGUACUAUACCUUACAAUGCUUAAAGAUCAUGGUUUUACACGGCGAUGCAUUCGUGAAGGCCGCACGUGACGAUCGAGGGUUCUUUAUUUGGUGUCAAGAAAAUUUGUUAAUUAAAAACUUGUGGAAUUUAUGUAACGCGGAGCACUCUCAUAUAUGCGAAGUUUCAAUACCGAUUCUAUUGCACUGCAUAACUUUGCCACUAGGAUCCGAUGUCUUCUGGAAUGUGGUUCAGGAUGCUUUUCAUCAUAACGACUGGCGAAUUAGAUUCCAAGCAACUGAGCGUGUAACAGUUAUUACAAGAUUUAUGGACUCCACCCCAUUACGUUCAGAGAUCAGUCUUCAAGUAUCUUCGGCGACUGCCUUUUGUCAUCUGAUUGCUGCAUGCGACGACCUUAAUGUUUAUGUUGCGCAAAGAGCUACUUGUUAUUUGGGUACUAUUCAUGAUAAAGCCAUCCAAGCUUUGUUGUUUUGCUUGGAAUCACAGUUUGAUAUGUUUAUCGUGGAUAGGCCAGUAGUUCUUCAAUCUCUAUAUCAACUGCACAACAUGCUUUCCGACCGGAAGGUUUUAACAUGGGACUUCUUCUUAAAUCGUUUUGAUACAUUGUUUGUUGAAGCUCAAGUGAAUCUUGAAAAAAAUGGAGAUAUAUCACACCUGCGGGAUUUACGUAAUUCGGAAAACGGAAGUGAAGUAUUAUCAACAAAGAUUAACAAAGCCAGAGAAGCUUUGAGUCAGUCGGAUACAUCGGGGUCAAUGAAAACGUUGAGUGCUUCGUUUGGAACCAAAUGGCCAUACAAACGGACCAUGUCAGCACCGGCCACAAUUAUUCCCAGACAGGAGUCGAAAAUAGAAAAAGAAAAAGUCUACAGCCGUCAGGUUUCUGCACCAAUUUUGAAAAGAAAGACUUCUCGCUUUGGCUUGGAUGGACAAGUUCAUACAAUGGGAGGUCCCGAGGAUGACUCUAAUUUAUCAGGAUAUUUGUACCGAGUAAUUGAUCUUGAAGAAGCCGACAAGGAAACGAUACAUCUACUCAUAUUUUUGCUAAUGCAAUUUAUGUCUCGCGCAGACUUGGCUUAUCCUACGGACGAAAAACCUAUGGCUAAACAACAAACCAUUGUUCUUCGCCAUUUGUAUCUUUUGCUUGGAUUUAAUCAAAUAGAUAAGAGUUUCCAUGUAUCGUCCAGUCGUCUUAGAAAUUCAGCCGUGUUUAACUCAUUCUUGGCUAAUUUACCCCAAGUUUUAGAUCAAAAUCACUUAAUGGGAUGGGUCCUCUUACCGUCAGUAAUUCAAAUAUUAUUGUAUGCUCCGAAUCAAGGAAAUGGGACAUCGCAGACUGGAGUGGAAUCAAUUUCUAACAUACCGUAUAACUUUUCUCUGUGGUACUUGGAAAGUCAUGUUCGUCGUUAUUGGAUGAUGUCUCUAUUGGUAAUAUUAUACAAAUAUCAAUACAAUCAACCACCAUAUGCUGAUAUGACACAAAACUUGAUAAGGAUUGUAAUAAAUUCGCUAGAUUAUCAUUUCCAUCAAUGUAAAAGGAUCCCGGCAACUGUGGUAAUGGAUGUACCGGUCAGAUCUCGAGAUUUAAGCCAAUCCAUAGGCAAUGACAAAGACGAUCAUUCACAAGAUAUAACAGCGAGUGGUUCCAUAUAUCCCAAAGAUGGACACAAACAUAAGACGUCGAAGAGUAAUCCGGGGUACCGCAAAUAUCCCGAUUCAAGCCUUGAGGCCGAUGAUACUGAAUCCGAGCUUGUUGCAAUACCCGAAAGUGAUCUUUCGGAUAGUACAUUACACGGAAGUAGCGCACCUGGAUCCUUCGAUGACACAGUUAAUUUUGAUGACAUUUGUGCGCCUAUCAAGCCAGAACUAACAAAAAAUAGGGCGACAGCUCAUGUAACAACUGCAAAUCUGGCAGCACAAGUCGCUAUUUCUACCAUCACUACUGGUGUUAAAGAUGACAAAACGGAAUUGUCCAAAAAGUUGCAAAAAAUCAUCUCAUCCGUGGGCGACAAAGUUUCGGAACCUAGCACAAGUGGGCUGGGAAAUAAAUGUUCUGUACAAGAAGGCGUACGAACCAUGGCGGCUUCGAUGCUCGGUCAACCGAAAGCCCAGGCAAUAUUGAAUCCCCCGGCCAAUGUACAAAAAGCGGUUGUUGUGACUCAAAGUACAUCAACGGCAGUAAUCAAAAAUAAAGAAUUAGCUGAUACUAGAAUGAAUAAUCAACAGGAGACAAAACUUGUGACCACCUCAGCUUGCGAGGUGUCUCAAGAAAACCACAAAAAGUAUGUGCGGCAAAAUAUGAAGCCUAAAAAGGUGCACGAUCUGCACGAAGUUGUACUGAGUCCGUAUGUGCAGCGAUCAACAUCUCCGGAUCAGAAAACGAUGGAAGUUCAAAAACGUGCUGUUGAACCCUACAUUGCUUCAGCAAGUUCGUCUGCGUACACCAUCCAAGACUUGCCACAGUGUGCGGAAAAUCGUGGCGCACGUUCCAUCAAGCAAGGCCACCUCAAACAUUUGGACCGACCAUGUAAUUAUGUUUCGCCUGAAACUCCACUAUCCAAAAUGGAUCUAAUGAAUCCACCUCCUUUGGAAGAAACUACAUCGACUUUGAUGACACCAACAAACCUAGUUCAAUUAGAAAUCCCAACACCAGAGCGAUUACUACCUAUUGGAAAGUAUGGAAAAGAAAAUGUAUCAGCAUUGGGCGAUAGAGUUCGCGAAGCUUUAACUAUUCCAGACAUUAAUCAGCUGAAGCAAGAUAGUUUCGAUAAAUCCGAUAGUGCUGGAAGUAUUAAAGAUGACGUCACUACCAGUAGCAGAGGAACUUCACCAAGGAAGUUGAUAAAACAGGUUGCACUGGAGUCACCUCCACAAUUGGAAGAAGUUUAUGGAAUGGUUAUGCGCAAUUUUUCGGCCGCAGCAUCCAAACGUGACGAAACAGUGAGGCAGCCAAAACAGCGCCUUCGUAAAGUUGGUCCCUUUGCCAUUGGUUCUAUUAGCAGUUCGGACGGUAGAAUCCGUUAUGCCGGAGCUUGGGCUCCUUCUAGCAAGGAUGAUACGGACGGUGAAGAUGCUUACACAGAAAGUCAUGUUAACUCAGAUAAACCGAGUGCAUCCCGCGUUGGAGACGAAUGCAUAUGCGAAAGAUGUUCCGAAUGUGGUGCUAUAAAAGAAGAAUAUACAGAUGAGGAGAUGGGUAUAAUGUUAAUCAUUCUUGGCACGUUUAUUCACCGCGAACCGGCUCUGGCUGCCCCAUUUCUUCCAGAAAUAUUAACAAUAAUUUCAAGAGUGGCUUUGCAUUCAACCUUCCCAUGGCAAUGUGAGAGUGCUACUCAUUUGCCUGGUGGAUCACAGUCUGUUGCUCAUCAGUUUAUCAGAUGCGUGCUGCAUCAAUUGGCUCCAAAUGGAAUUUUUUAUCAAAUAUUUCUUAUCCAAGGCAAUGAAACAUCUCGCAAAAAACUAUACAAAAGUGUUUCAUUGAGCCUGGGUGAUUUUACUGAAUUGAAUCCAACGAGUCCGGUGCAACUGUUGAUCGAAACGUUAAACUCCAAGAAAACACUACCCCCGGAUUUACUGCCGAUUAUACUGCGAAACAUGUCCGAGUAUCUACAGUGUGUUCAGAUUGAUAACAUCAGCCCUAGCAUCUGGUCCACAGCAGUACAGGGUAUUGAUACAUUGUUUCGGCGAAUCUUGUUCAUGAUUUCAAGUUUGGACGAAGCAGAUAAUUUGUUACAAAUUAUGACGUCUAUAUUAAAAGUGCCACAACUUUCUAAGAAUGUUUUGGAACCAUUUUCAAAAAUUUUGAGCUACGCAAUACAAAAUUUUACAUUAACUCACAAAGCAUUAAUUGAUAUUUGCUAUUUGAAUAAUAAAGCUUUUUCUAAAGAACGCGACAAAAUGCAGUUAUGCAGGCAGAUUGUUUUUGAGCUUGUACAAGCGCUGAAGUUCAAAACUAAUAUUGUAGACAGCAAUCUGCUAUUACUGGUUGGGAUAUUGCUUCAGGAUGCUGGCGGUAUCCUACCACCUGGGCUUAUAGACGAUUUGCCGGAUGUCCCUCCACCACCAUGUAACAUUGCGGAAUGUAUGAAAACGUAUCUUAAUGAUGUCAUUGAAUUUCUGGCUGAUUUCCACACCCUAAGCAAAAUAAAGUUUCUUUUCACCUCGCGAAACAACGUGAAAAAUUGUGGCAUUACACCAGGUUUGAGCGAGGAUACGUUAGGCGGAGUCCUAAAAGCGACCAUUGCGCAAUAUCUUGCCCUUGAAAUGUCUCGCGGAAAUUCAAGGGAUAACCGUGCAGUUUCCAGAUAUUUGCCAUGGUUGAAUAAUGCUCCGUCAUCGCUACAGCAAGGACCAAAAGAGUUCACCGACUGUGUUGGGCACAUGCGUUUGUUAGCAUGGCUGUUGAUGGGCUCUCUAACUCACACGGCGUUACUGGUGGGAAGACGCGGUGGACAUAUCGGACAACAUGGAGCGGCGGUUCACUAUCAUCAACAUCCUAGCGUGUCUCAGCCUGUCCCGCAAGAGUCUAGCUGUCAUAUUGCUGAUCACAUCCAGGUUAUUUUCGCCGGAUUUGCGGAGCAAUCCAAAACGUCUGUUUUGCACAUGUCUUCUCUGUUUCACGCAUUUACGCUCUGCCAAUUAUGGACCGUUUAUCUAGAGCAAAUUGCGUAUGCUUCUACGCCGUCAUCAGAAGCGUACAACAUAACAAUGGGAAUAUUGUUCGAGUUUUGGUCGAAAGUGACCCCAUGCAUAUUACAACUCGUGUCUCAUUCCAAACUCUCGGAAAGUGUAAACCUUCACUUUUUGAGUCUUUUGGAGGCGUUGAAAGAAACUCGAUCAACCAUAUUGGCCAAAUUGCUACCGCUUUGGACACCUGUUCUUUCAUCUAAUACACAACUUUCGGGAACCCUACACGUUCGGCUUCAAAAUUGCCGUGAUGCCGUGCCGUCGGAAGCUUCAGAAGCACUGUUGAAAUGGCUCCAGCAUCUCCAAUUCAAAAUGGGACAAAUCGAGCUCCAAUCAUCCACUGCAACACAAUUUUAUUCACUGUAAAAAAAUACGGAGGGCCUCGUGGCGCGAUAGUUAGCGGCUUCGGCUGCCGAUCCCUAUUUGCUAUGGGGCGCGGGUUCGAUUCCCGACUUAUCCUCCUAGAGCUUUUUGUUCAAUGGUUUUCCCGUUUAAUAUUAAUAUUCAGUCUGCAAAAACGGUGAAAUUGUCUUCUAAAACUACUGUUUAAAAUGAAAUAAAGUUUAAAAUAAAUAGUUCUUGUGUUAUGUGUUAGAAAAAA